GCCGCCGCCGCCGCCGCUGCUGCCUGCUGCCCGGGCUGGCUGCUGGCCGCUGGGGCCCGGGAUGACGCCACCUCUCGCUCCGCCCCGGCGCAAACUCGCUCCCUGCGUUCAUUUCAUUCCUGCUCUCAUUCCGAGCAUUCUUCGCAUCUCUGUCAGUGCGCGAAGCGAUUCACCUUUUCCUGGCUGGCCCAGAAACACCAGAAUAACUUGACAUAGUAUUAAAAAAAAAAGAAAAAAAAGAAAGAAAAAAUAGAAAAGAAAAAAAAUCCCCACUUACAUCACAUUAGCAAAAGAAAAGGGAUAUUUGUAUAUGACAUAUCAAUAACGAGUUGGCUCGGCCGGGAGUUGUUGGAGCAUUUUCGGACCACCUCGGAGGAAGAAAGAAAGACAGAAAGAAAGAAAGCAAGCAAGAGAGAACCACGGCGGCGGAGACUUGUUGCUUCAGCUCGGCUGACGGGGCUGCUUUAAAAUCGCCAUCGAAGUUUUUGUUUCUGUCUCUCCCUAGUCUGCUCCAGGCUUCAGCUUGGAGAACCCAACCGCCAAGAUUGAUCCCAGCAGCUGGAGCGGCAGCGAGAGCCCUGCCGAGGACAUGGAGCGGAUGAGCGACUCGGCAGACAAGCCUGUGGACAACGAUGCCGAAGGGGUCUGGAGUCCUGACAUCGAGCAGAGCUUCCAGGAGGCCCUGGCCAUCUAUCCUCCAUGUGGGCGCAGGAAGAUCAUCCUGUCAGAUGAGGGAAAGAUGUAUGGUCGAAAUGAGCUGAUAGCCAGAUACAUCAAGCUUCGGACUGGAAAGACAAGGACCCGAAAGCAGGUGUCUAGUCACAUACAGGUCUUAGCAAGAAAGAAAGUUCGAGAAAUCCAAGCUGCCAUUAAGGUACGUCUGGCUUUGCCCAGUUGCAGGGGGCUUUUCAUUGCCAUGGUUACAGGCUCUUCCUUUGUUUUCCUCCCCUCCCCUACCCCGCAGGUGUCUAGUCACAUUCAGGUUCUUGCCAGAAGAAAAUCUCGUGAGUUUCAUUCCAAGCUAAAGGUUACGAGUAUGGACCAAGCCGUGAAGGACAAAGCCCUCCAGAGCAUGGCCUCCAUGUCCUCGGCUCAGAUCGUCUCUGCCACAGCAAUUCACAACAAACUCGGCCUGCCAGGCAUCCCCCGGCCUGCCUUCCCAGGAGCAGGGUUAUGGCAGGGUAUGAUAUCCGCUGGACAGCCGGGAUCCUCACAAGAUAUUAAGCCUUUCACCCAGCAACCGUAUCCCAUCCAGCCAGCAGACACUACAGCCAUUUCAAGUUAUGAACCGGCCGCCCCUCCGACUCCCACGGCUCCAGCAUGGCAGGGUCGCUCCAUCGGCACAUCCAAACUCCGACUGGUGGAGUUCUCCGCCUUCUUAGAGCAACAGAGAGACCCAGACUCGUACAACAAGCACCUGUUUGUACACAUCGGACAGACAAACCAUUCCUACAGCGACGCCUUACUGGAGUCGGUGGACAUUCGUCAGAUUUAUGAUAAGUUUCCAGAAAAGAAAGGAGGACUGAAGGAGUUGUAUGGAAAAGGACCUCAGAAUUCCUUUUUUCUCAUCAAAUUUUGGGCUGACCUAAACUGCAACAUUCAAGAUGAUACUGGGUCCUUCUAUGGCGUGACCAGCCAGUAUGAGAGUUCAGAGAACAUGACCAUAACAUGCUCAACAAAGGUUUGCUCCUUCGGCAAGCAGGUCGUUGAGAAAGUAGAGACUGAAUAUGCACGGUUUGAGAACGGACGCUUCGUCUACCGGAUAAGUCGGUCUCCCAUGUGUGAAUACAUGAUCAACUUCAUCCACAAGCUAAAACAUCUCCCUGAGAAAUACAUGAUGAACAGCGUCCUGGAGAACUUCACCAUCUUAUUGGUGGUGUCAAAUAGGGACACCCAGGAGACCCUGCUAUGUAUGGCGUGCGUAUUUGAGGUGUCGAACAGCGAGCACGGCGCCCAGCAUCAUAUCUACAGACUGGUAAAGGAAUGAAAGCUCUCUCUCCGUUUUAUUAUUAUUAUUAUUAUUUUUGUCUUCAUGGACUUAUCGACCCUCAAAAGAAGUGGCAGUGCCUCUGCGUUAAAGUCAGCCUCUUCCGAUGCUCUUUGGUUGAGGAAUGAGGUGAAGUCAGUUCGUCAUGAGUUUGAUGUAAGUGUUGUUUGACCGCAGCUGUGAAAUACGGUACAGUUGUUUUACGUUCUAAUGGGAUAUUUUAUGGGAAUUUUCAUUUUCAAAUAUGUUUAGUCGGUUGUUCCAAAAAUAAUUAAGAUGAUUUAUUUGUUAUAUGGAAAUAUGUGUGUUGUCUUUUUCUGCUUUGUCAUGUAGACUAAAGGUGAAAAAAAAGAAAGAAAAAAAAAAGAAAAAACUUGCAGCCGGUGAUGGUCUGUACAGGAUGUUUUGUAAAUCUGUGCUUCAUAAUUUGUCCGAAUACAUCAUGUAGAAAAAAAAAACUUAUUCCAGCAAAAUAGACUUCCCAAAGAAACACAACUAAUGCUAGAAAUAUAUAAACACGGUGUUUGAAAGCGUAUGCCUCUAAAAACGUGUGUACAUUCCUGUUAAAGCACUCCAGCUCUCAAGCACCGACAAGAAAACACCGAAACAGCAGAACGCUGUCUAGCGUGCAUACAGUGUCCCGCAAAAGUAUUCAUCCUCCUUGAACUUUUUGACAUUUUGUAUCAUUAAAACAACAAACCUCAACAACAUAAAGCAGUGUAUAACUGUGUAGUUUAAGGAAAAAGAUACUUGGUUUUAAAAUUUGCCCACAAUCUGAAAAGCGUGCGCCUCCUGAGUCAAUACUUUGUGAACCGCCUUUCAGUGCAAUGACAUCUGCGAGUCUUUUAGGGAGUGGAUGGAGAAUAUCUGUGAUCGUCAAUGGUCACCUCUUGCCAUAGAUUCUCAUUAGAUUUUUUGGUCUUGACUUUGACUGGGCUGUUUAGGGUUGUCGUCCUGCUGGAAGAUGAAGGAUGAACCUUCAGCAGGACGACAAACUGUAAUCAGCACUUCUCAUGAGAUUCCUUCAGCAAUGGCAUCCUUCUUGCUGUUUUUCUAUAAACGGCAGAUUUGUGGAUUGUUUUCUGUCGACAGAUUCUCAUACCUGAGCUGUGAGUCUCUGCAGCGCCUCCAGAGUUAACAUGUACUUGUUGGCUGCGCCACCGAUAAAUGCCUGUCCGUUUAGGUCAACGGCCGUGUCUUGGCAGGUUUGCUGUUACACCGUGCUCUUUUAUGCUGAAAUUAAAUUGCACACUUAUUAAGUGAAUCGUCAAGGAAAUCUAUUGUAUUUUUUUUAUUUAAGAGACUGGAUUAAAAAGGGGCUGAAUUACAUUUUGAUGAAUUGCAAGAGAAUGUGAAAAAGUCUAAGAAUUAUGAAUACUUUACCAGGCACUGUAUAUAACCCAUACCUAUCCGCCAAGAAUUUUUCUUCUGCCAACAAGUAUUUUUUGUGUGACAAUUGAUAGGAGAACACCUCCCAAGACUCUGAAUUGGACCCGUCUGGCCCAGAAGCACUUUGUUCUCCUCUCAGUGCUCGCCUUAGUGAUGCUGCAGCUUUUAAAACCCACAGGUUAAAUUAUGGAGACACUACAGAUCACUCUGAGUUAGCACUCCUCGGGCUCGGGGUGUAAUGAUUCCUGUCGAGUUCACGUGUUUCUGUUGCCCGCUUUCAAUCCUAAGCCUUAAAACUAAUAAAACUGUUUGCGAACUCCAAAAGAUGCCAUAAAAACUGUGAACUCUCAUUACCUUAGACCUGUUUCGUUUGCAGUGUGUAUUCAGUACAAUCAGCCAAAGUGUAAGUGUACAGUGCCUUAGAAUGUACCCAUUACCUUUUUGUUUAGGUGGUUUUGUGAACGAAACAGGCAAACUACUCCUGUCAUCUUAAAUUACACUUUAUCAAAUCAGUACAAUCCUAGAAAUCCAGUUUCAUUAUUUUUUAAGACGCAGUACACUUAUGAUGGGAUAGGUUUGUAAGCUAGGAGAAGGGGUUCUAAUGAUUUUUUUUUUUUUACCAGUGUAAUACAAACACCUAACAGCUGCCUUUCCUGUUGCAAAAGACCAAAAAGAAUCGGGAGAAUCUCUUGUUGUGUUCUGCAUGGUAGCGAGGAAGUGCCUUUUGGUUUCAAAUUCCCAGCUUCAAAAAGAUUAAACUGACAUUUAAAAAAAAAGAAGAAAAAAAUCACUUUUGCUCAACCAAAAACAGAACACAAGUGACACCAAUCACCACAUUGCCUUUUUUUUUAAAGGACUGAGGACUGAUUGACAGCAGGAGAAAUGCAGCUAAUGAGUAAAUCAUUCUUAAUUACAAUAUUGAUCAAUUAAAAUAAAUUAAAAAAACGUGUCUGAAGAAAUGUGUUUUCCUUGCUUUAGACUUUCAGUUUUACCACCCCGCUGGCUGCAGGCAGGAUGCAAAAUCACUGAAGUGGUUUGUUUUGUGCACACUUGCAGGUUCAAGUGGGCGCAGAGUUUUAGAAAGACUGCAGUCUCCUUAUUGUAGAGACCGCUCUCUCACACGCGAGGAAUCUGUGCAAAAGAAAAAAAACACAAUAACAAGCAACUGAGGUUUCCUUUAGUGAUGCAGACACACUUGUGUGUCUCUAGCUUUUAGCACCUGAUGGAAUUUUAAAAAUAAAAGUUUAUUUAAUAGCAUUAAAUCUAAAAUGACACAUAGGACCGUUUUCUAGUUAAACCGGGAUUUGUGUCCUAACGUUCUUACAGCUGCUAAUGCGGUGUGAGUGGGGGCGUCAAAGCUAAUACUUACACUGAAAGGAUCUUAAUUACUUAAACAGUUUACUGUUUCUUACAAAGAUUUUAGUCAUUUGAGGAGAUUUAGUCAAAGAAUAAAUAAAUAAUUACAGACAACGUCUCUGGAGGAUGCAGUUAGAGUUCAGUCUUUUAGUAUUUUUGCCACAGCCCUGUGGGCAGCCUGGGGCUGUAAUAACCUUUGUUCAUAUGUUUACCCUGUGUAUCUGUUCACAUUUAUUGAUGACACUCUGUAGUGAGAUGUUUUUUUUUUCUUAUUGUACCUGUAUACUUUGUUCUAAGAUGACAUUGUCUGUAUACUGAGGUCCAUUCCGAUGGCAAUGUUGUCACUGCUGCACUGCUGACAUAUAAACACUAAAACCGCAGGACUGAUGCCUCCGAUGGCACUAACGUCUGCUGGACCAUUUUAAGGGAAAAUGGACACACACAAAGAGCUACAUUCAAUCAUGCUACAAACAUAUCAGCAGUUUAGCUCUUGUUAUUUGUAAUGUCCAUUUUCAGACUGGGUACUGGUACCUUUCUGGAUUAUGAUCAUCUCGGAUGAUGAUGGCUUUAAAGUGAUUUUUGAAAUGGCUCACAUGUUCACUCACUUUGGUUCUGUGUGCAGAUCUUUCUUGUUGUUUUUUCGUAUAAAUGUGUUUUGUAUAAAAGUAUAUCUUAGGCUUUUCUUGGUACAGAUGUGUGAUAUAUUUUUUUUUUUUCAUAUUCAUGAACGUAAAGUGUCGGAUCAACGGAGGGAAAAGAAGCUGUGCUGUUUCCGUGUUCUGCUCAUGGUCUUGUCUUUGCUCCGUGACAUUAUGAUGCCUUCUUGACAACACUAGAUAUUUUGUAGCUUUCUAGAUACUUUCUAUGUAUGCAACAUUGAAGUUUAAUAAAUCUGAAACAAAGA